CAAUAAGCCCACCCACGCACGUGCCACGAGUGUGGCUUCCCAGAGUACGUAUAUUAGCCUUAUGGUUCGCUUCCGGUGUACGUACUACCUCAGGUGACCCCGCCAAUCGUGGCUUGACAUUCCAGAAUGACGGGAGUGGAGGUGUACGGAGUACCUGGACCAAGCCUUACUCACCGGGACCACACCGGCUGCCGAGGCUUGCCUUCAUUCCUCACCGGACUACCGAGCUUUAGUGGAGUACCCGCUGUAGGCUCUCACCUCGACACCAUCCUCUUUGACCUCCUUUGAUCUCUCUCAACUGCAACACAUGUGACUUGAUUUAUACUUUUCACAGAUACACAUCAUCAUGAAGAUCGCAGGCCACACUUUCAUCAUCUCUGGCGGCGCGUCUGGCUUGGGACAGGCCUGCGUGGAGGACAUAUGCAAGAAUGGAGGAAACGUCGCUAUUCUGGAUAUGAAUGAAGAUAGUGGCAAUGAGUUGGUGGCCAAGCUGGGCUCAUCUGCCAAGUUCUUUGUCUGCGAUGUCCUGGACACCAAGAGCAUCGAGGCCGCUGUCCAGGGCACCGCCGCUUGGGUAAAGGAAUCCGGUAAACCUGUUGGAGGUGUCAUCCCAGCGGCCGGUGUUGGAAAUCCGUCAUCUAUUCUCGAUCGCCAUGGCGAGCCUUUCGGCCUUGACGCUUGGGACUUUGUCCUCAACAUCAAUCUGCGCGGCACCAUCGACCUCACCCGCCAGGCUCUGGCCCUCAUGGCAAAGAACGAGCCCUCAACACCCGACGGCGAGCGCGGCAUCGUCAUCAUGGUCGCGUCCUCCGCAGCCUUUGACGGCCAAAAGGGCCAGGUCGCCUAUGCUGCGAGUAAAGGUGCCGUCGCUGCCAUGACCCUACCCAUGACCCGUGACCUCGCUCGCUUCGGUAUUCGCGUUGUCACCAUCGCCCCGAGUCUGUUCGAGUCAAGGAUGACUUCCAUGAUGUCCGACAAGGUCCGCGCUAGCCUCGAGCGCUCCGUGGAGUUCCCUGUACGUGCGGGCAAGCCCGAGGAGUUUGCGGCACUGGCCCGACAUGCUAUCGAGAAUGUGAUGCUCAACGGGACGGUGUUGAGGUUAGAUGGUGGCAUGCGGAUGCCGAGUAAGAUGUAGUCUAGUCGCGUGAAGUUAAAACAGUCAUACAGGUUGGUACACGGCAUGACAGCCGGUGAACGUAAGAUGUACAUCAUUUUCCAGAUGCUCGAAUGCCGGACUGAUACCCUGCAGUCCAUUGAUAAGUUUCGACGGCAUGAUCCAGUGGUAAGGCAGAGUUGAGUAGUGGUUGUAGACUAGAUCUUGUCCUAGCGUGAGGCACAUCCUCUUACCCAUGCAGUUAUACAUGUGCCCGAAACAGAACCCAAGCUACCAUUGGAUCAAAGGCAACCGCUAGAACACUGAUAUAUCCGAGGAAGUAAUCCUGAGCCAGAUCCAGACAAAGCUGCGAAUUCGUGCAGCGAAUCCCCAUACGCAUAUCUUCCGAGAUACCACGCAACUGUCCACUGCCAACUUCUGCAUGUCAGCAAGGUCCACAGGUAGCGACACAGGUGGAUAUUGCUGUUUCCGGAAUCCAUACGAGCAUGGCAGUCGGGAAUGUCAAGGCAGCGAC